UUUUCACCAUUGAAUUGCUAACAGCCAAAGGCAACAAUAAUGUUAUUUUGCUAUAUAUACAUACAUAGUAUAUAAACUUGAUAUAAACUUGAUUAUACUCGCGGACGUACGAACGUAGGUUAUUUUUCAUUAAUAUAAACCCACUUAUGUUAACCUAAUAACAAUCCACUUUCCUAAACCUAAUCGUGCAAGCUGUUGGGUUUUAUGCAAAUCCACUGACAACAACUAACAUUCAUAGCGAGGACAGAAAUGGAGCUUAAAGCAAUUAUUGUUAUAUUCAUAUUGACAAUAACCUUUCAAAUAAUAUUAGGUCAAAGUAUACCAGAAUGGUGUCGGCGCAAACGUCCGCGCUUAUGCAAGGCUAAUUAUUGUGACGUCGAGAAAUGUAAACAUUAUCCAGAGGCAAUUUGUAUAAAUGACAACCCGUGCAAACCAACGUGUAAAGGUCAUUUCUACACCGUGGAAGGGGUUAGGCUUUCCAGGAGACAGUGUAAAAAAGGUCGAGGGAAAAGACCACGGAUUCCAGCAUGGUGUCCGAAGGGAAGUCCUACUAAAAACUGUUUUGUCUUUCCUUGCGAUGUCAUGACUUGUCCAGCAUAUCAACAAGCUAUUUGCAUACCUGAUAAUCCAUGUGAGCCGGCUUGCAGUGGCAACUUUUAUCUAGGACGGCAACUUCUGAAUCAGACGCAGUGCCACGAGGGAUGAGGAUAUUGAACGAAGAGACUUGUCUGAUAUUGUACAAUUUUAUCUAUAGGCU